CUCGACUCCUGUACUUACAGUGCUCAACCCAAUUGCCCUAUGCGUGUAUCCUCGACCAUCAAUCCACUGACUUGUCUGGAUGAUGAUAUUGCCGUGUUGGUAAUAGCGCUGGACGGCAAACGCAAGUUUGUCCCCCGACCAUCGUCUUACAAGCAACUUCACCGUCUGAUUCUUUCCAAAUUUGGGCUCCAGGAUCAAACAAAGUUAAUCCUACACAUAUCUACCCUCGAUGUCUGUGCAGGAAACGAUGUCGAGCUGACGGAGGAUGUGUACCCACUCCUGGUCCCCGCGCUUGAUAUCAUCUCGGUAACGGUUGAAGGAGCGGAGAAGAAGGGUCUGCGAACGCCUGCUGCAACCCCGCCCAUAACCGAAUCAGAGCCCCAGAAUGAGGUCACCGGAGAUGAAACAGUCCACGAAGAAGACGAAGGGCCGGGUCAGGACAACGAAUCAGCUCACGUUGCAGCGAUCCUACGCAACGUUAAACAAGAAUCGGACGAUGAGGAGGUCUUUACGGGAAGCCGGUUUGGAGGGGAUUCAGAGGGUGAUGACGAAGCACGUCGAGUGGCAGAAGAUCUGUUUCCUGAGGAGAAAAGCCCCGUAAAGCAGGAGGAGCGGGACACGAAGCCUCUACGGUUACAACAACGAAGUCCUAAGAAGGCUCAGUCGAGGAACGACGACGAUGUCUCAAUAUCUACACCUAAAGUUCGAGUUAAGAAGCAACGACAACGUUCAGCCUCGCCUGUCGCCGGUCCUUCAAAAUCACGAGUGGCUAAUCUGAAUCGGUCAGACACUACGGCAUCCGAACAAUCCACCAGCGAGGCGGACCGCUUCAAAAUCACUCUGAUCUCUGGCGAGACUGGCAAGGGGAAAGAAUUCAAGACCCGUGGCUCGCAUACCGUGGAGAAGAUCUUGUCUGUCGGCGCUAAGAAUCUGGGGAUUGAACCAAACGGGGGGAAAUUGGUGUUGUACCUUCUUGUGGAGGUCACAGACGAGGAUGGCUGGGAAGAAGAAGAGCCUGCGAGGCUAAAGUGCGAGCGGCAUCAGACUAUGCAAGAAGUUGGGGCAGUGUCGGGGUCUGAGUUCGUUCUCGAGCUGGAAGACGACUCUUAA